ACCCAAAUAAUUGUCAACUGUCAAACGUGACAUUUGACAUUUAACAAACAAAUGUUAAAUCAGCCGCUGGUUUCGUUUCAAUCGAAAGAUAUAUCGUUUUUUUGAAGUUAUCCACAAUGUCGGACAGCAACGGAGAAUUAAGCGACGAGAACAUAAUUAUCAACGACCAAGACGGUUUGCCCAACGUUCAUCCUAAUUUAAUGCCGGAAACGGAUCCUGAUAGUCCGCACGAAACCGACGAUGAAUUCGAUGAUUUACCAUCCUCGUUGAUCGUUACUAACAUUCACGAUACUGUGUUCACAAAUGCGGAGAAAAAAGAAGAAGUAGAAGAAUUAUUUCGCGUUUUCGAUCCUAAAGUAACGUUUCAAUGGUUACGUAGUUUUCGACGUGUUCGGGUCAACUUUGAAACGCCUUUAGCUGCAGCAAGCGCCAGAGUUCAAUUACAUCAGUACAAAAUAAACGAGUCGGUGAUAACGUGUUAUUUCGCGCAACCUGUAACACCUGUAAAAAAUAGCAGUUUACAACCACCAGCUCCGUUCAAACAGUUCCUGAUUUCACCCCCAGCGUCGCCUCCAUUAGAUUGGGAACCAAGACCAGAAGGGGAACCAAUCAUUAAUCAUGAUCUAUUAGCAGCCUUAGCUAAUUUAACACCUGGAUCUUCUCACGAACUUCAUCCUCCUUCACCUGGUCAACCAAGUAUUGUUGUUCAUACAGCUCUUGGAGGUGGUAAUAAUAAAGGUAGGAUUAUACAUACUAGUUGUCCAGAAAGAUCGUAAAUCUAUAUUUGGAGAAAAAAAAGGGUGUUAAAAAA